AUGAACUACAAACAAAUUAAGGAAGAUGAGGUUCGUUUAGUUACUUAUGGAAAGCCAAAGUUUUCAAAUGCUAAAAAACCAAGAGCGUCUGAGGUUGUUAAACAAAAAAAAGAACAAAAGAAAGCAUUGAUUGAACAAGAACCUGAGAAUGAAAAGAUUCGAGAUAUCUAUAGAGAUGUCAAAGAAACCCAAGAUAUUAUGGCUGAUAACAUUGAUAAAAUGACACGCAAUCUUGAACAAGCAGAAGACUUGGAAGAAAAAACUGAUGCUAUGGUUGAAAAGGCAAAUACAUUCAAAAAACAAUCUCAUCAAAUGAAAAAGGCAAUGUGUUGGAGAAAAUGGAAAUUAUGGAUUAUUAUAGGUGUUAUUGCUGCUAUCAUUAUUGCCGUUAUCGUUGUUGUCGUCAUUAUUCCAAUCAUUAAAAAAUUUACGUAA